AUGAGAGGACCAAAGAAGCAUCUUAAACGCCUCGCCGCGCCAAAGCACUGGAUGCUCUCCAAGCUUGGAGGAGUUUUCGCUGUGCGCCCGAACCCAGGACCACACAAGCUUCGUGAGUCUCUCCCACUCAGCUUGUUCCUGCGUAACCGUCUGAAGUACGCUCUCAACUACACCGAGGCCAAGAAAAUCCUUACCCAGAGAACCGUCAAGGUAGAUGGAAAGGUCCGAACUUGCCACAAGUUCCCAACUGGAUUUAUGGAUGUCAUCAGCAUUGAGCGUACCAACGAACACUUCCGCAUGCUCUAUGACGUCAAGGGACGAUACAUCGUGCACAGAAUCCAGGCCGCCGAAGCUGAGUUUAAGCUCUGCAAGGUCAGAGGAGUCCGCACCGAGCUCAAGGGAGUCCCAGUCCUUAGCACUACUGACGGACGCACCAUCCGCUAUCCAGACCCACAUAUUAAGAACAACGACACCAUCGUUCUUAACAUCAACACUGGAAAGAUCGUUGAUUUUACCAAGUUCGAGCCAGGAAAUUUGGCUUACAUCACCGGAGGACGUAACGUUGGUCGUAUCGGAAUCAUCGGACAUCGUGAGAAGCUCCCAGGAGCCUGCGACAUCAUCCAUGUCAAGGAUGCUGCUGGACACUCCUUUGCUACGCGUAUCACCAACGUCUUCGUCAUCGGAAAAGGAAACAAGGCUCUUGUUUCCCUUCCGUCCGGACAAGGAGUUCGUCUUUCGAUCGCUGAGGAGCGUGACAAGCGUCUCUCCCAGAAACAUUAA